GGCCGCCGCCCGCCGUCUCUUCAGUCCGCCGCCACGCGCAUCCGUGAACACACGUCCUUACGGCCACCAUACGCCGCUACACGCGACGCGCGCGUUUCGAACGUAGUGCACUCGCGACCGGUUCGCCGUAGCCGAUGAGCAAACAGUGACAUCUCGAUUAUUGUGCUGUGUGACUUACAGUGAAACGCUCAGUGUGUACUUGUGAGUGAUGGAUUACGGAUCACACGAGUGCUGACGCCGGGCCUGGACCCGACGUAUAUGCCCCGGCGCCGCUAGCCCGGACGCGCCAGCAUGCGCGCCCCCGCGGUGCUCAUCGCCCUGCUAGGGUUUCUACCCCAGGUGCUGACGUCUGGUUCAUUCGAACUUAGGAUAAAAAGUUUUACGAACUCGUUGGGUAGGUUAAGUAGUGGCCAGUGCUGUGAUGGUUCCUCAAGUAGUGAUGCGCCGUGUUUGGCGCCGUGCAGGACUAAAUUCCGCGUGUGCCUCAAGAUUUAUCAAGCGAAUAUUGAUACAACAUCACCGUGUACGUUUGGUGACAUUACGACACCAGUGUUGGGUGGAAACUCAUUGGAUGUGCCGAACCUCAACGUGGAGGGGUUUAGUAAUCCCAUCGUCUUUCCCUUCGACUUCACAUGGCCGGGCACCUUCUCGCUUAUAGUCGAAGCGUGGCACGACACGAACGAAACGUCCAGAUCUGAUGAUACCCUAAUCGCGCGGAUGACGAAGCAGAGCAUAGCUGACGUGGGGGGUCCAUGGGUGGAGGAGGAGCAACGAUGGGGCGGCGCUGGUGGGGCCCACCUCAGGCUGUCCUACCGGGUCACCUGCGCCGCGCACUACUACGGAGCGGGCUGCGAAGUCCUCUGCAGGCCGAGGGAUGAUGCCUUCGGACACUACACCUGUUCUUCCUCGGGGGAGAUCGUCUGCAGAACGGGCUGGACCGGGGAUUAUUGCUCGAAACCGAGGUGCCUACCCGGCUGCGACGCGGAGCACGGCCACUGCCUCAAGCCCGACGAGUGCAUUUGUCACACGGGCUGGGUGGGCGAGCUCUGCGACCAGUGCCAGCGGCAUCCGGGCUGCUUCCACGGCACCUGCUCCAAGCCCUGGGACUGCAUCUGCGAGGAGGGCUGGGGCGGGCUGUUUUGCAACCAGGACCUCAACUACUGCACGAACCAUCGACCGUGCAAAAACGGGGGGACUUGUCACAACACCGGCCAGGGCAGCUACACCUGCGUCUGCCCCCCGGAGUUCACCGGGCUCAACUGCGAGAAGUCCCUCCAUUCCUGUGCCGUUCGACCGUGCCUGAACGGAGGAGCGUGCGUGCAAGAGGGCAAGGAACUGGUGUGCGCGUGCCCCUCCGGAUACGAAGGAGCCCAAUGCGAAACGCGAAUUUUGACCUGCGCCGACCAGCCGUGCCGAAACGGCGGCAGCUGCGAAACACGAUCGUCCGGCUACGUUUGCGUGUGCCCACCCGGAUUCGCCGGACCCGACUGCGCGAUGGAAGCCGACCCGUGCGCCGGAAACCCUUGCAGAAACGGCGCGACGUGCUCCCGGGCCGGCGACAGCUACCGAUGCUCCUGCAAACCUGGAUUCAAGGGCAACCGGUGCGAAAUCGACAUUGACGACUGCGCAGGGAUUGUGUGCGAACACGGCGGGACCUGCGUGGACCUGGUGAACGACCGACGCUGCCAGUGCGCGCCCGGCUUCGUGGGGGCUCGCUGCGAGACGCGCGUAGACUUAUGUUUAGCGAAGCCCUGCGCAAACGGCGGCAAGUGCCUGGUGCUGGACAACGACUACGAGUGCCGUUGUUUACCCGGUUUCGCUGGAAAGGACUGCAGCAUCGACAUCGACGAGUGCGAUUCUUCACCCUGCCAGAACGGCGGAACGUGUCGCGACCGAGUGAACGGCUACCACUGCGACUGUUCUGCCGGGUGGGGCGGGAAAUCGUGUACGGUGUUGCUAGCGGACUUCGUUUCGAAACCGGCGGGGGAUCAUUUGAAGCGAGUGGGGGAUAACAUGGGGGAAGAGGAGAGUUUGUCGGGCCGCCACGUGGCGUUGAUAGCGGCGCUGUCGGCGCUGGUGCCGGCGGUGGCGUUGGCGGCUGCGGUGGCGGUGGCGUGUGUGAGGCGGCGACGGAAGCGUGCGCAGAACGCGGCCGAUGCCGAGGCGCGGGCGCAGAACGCAGCCAACGCGGGGGGAGGGGGGCGGGUGAUCCGCAACACGUGGGGCAAAUGCGACGCGCCCGCGGCUGAGUGUCAGAACGCUCACAACGCCGCGGCGGAGGAGUGCAAGCGCAAGACGCUUAAUACUGAGAGCGCGGCGCGGCUGCUGGCUGCGCUCGACCCGAGGCUCUCGCGGCUAUCCGCCGACUCCGCGUAUUGUGCUAAUAGCGAUACAUCGCUCGUGAAGCGGGCGCUGGAAGGCGGAGGGGUGUAUGUGCUCGACGACCACUGCUUACCGCCCACGUUUGCCACGCAAGUGUAGUGCUCGACCUCCCCCAGUGGACAAUAUAACUUAUUUAUUCAACGGACGCUCGUGCGAACCAGGCUGUGCGCCGCUUGUAAA